AUGUAUGUGCCCGAGGAAGAUCGCCCAAUGGUUUCGAAACUUCCUGAACUCAGCUCACCCAUCAAGGAACUCUCGUCUACUGAUGGAGCUGUUCUACCGGAUGAGGUUUUUCGCAUGGAAAUGCAAACAGCUGGAAAGCUGGAAUUGUCUAAUCCGUUUAAAGAGGCUGCACCAGACGAGGAGAUUGAUUUGGUUACAGACGAAGAUUCUGCAUGUGAAGGAGAUGAAGACGAUGCAGAUGAAGAAGAACUGGACUGCGUGGAUAAGGUUUCAACGUUAGCCUCACCAAACAACACUCUUAGAGACGUGCUUGGAGGUAAGAAUAUACUCUUUAAAUUACAUCUUCACUAUACAUUGCUGUCGUCGACGCUAUCUCUUAUCUUUUCUUUGUAAAU